AUGACUACAGCACAAGACGAAUACAACGAGCUUUUCCGCGAUAAGUCACGCAGAACCCACCACCCAGAGGACGACAACGAAUCCAUCCCUUCAGAAAAUGACGACCUCUUGUCUGAUUUCGACGAUCAACCUUCAGCUCUACCCAACCUGCCCUCACGAGACCAUGUUCCACGAAACAAAUCAUAUUCAAACACUGGACCCAAGGGUGUCAUCGCCGAUGCGCAAGCCUUCGAAGCCGCACGAAGGGAACGCAAUUCAUCGCCAAAAGCAAGCACACAAAACUACGCAUACACACCGAAUGUCGCACAGUUGAGUCUGGACGCCAGAAGCAAGGGCAGUCAGAGUGGAAGUGAUAUUGAGAGCGAAGACGAGUUCAUGGCCGAAUGGAGGCAGAAGAGAUUGAAUCAGCUGUCUGCGAACGGACGCCAGGCAAGCAACAGUAUUGGCCAGCCUCGCAGUCGUGCGACCUACGGCGGUCUUGUGUCGGUUGAUGGUGAGGGCUACCUGGAUGCCGUGGACCGCAGCCCUUCAAAUACUGUCGUGGUCGUCUUCAUCUACGACGAUUCAUCAGAAGUCAGCUACAUGGUCGAGGAUUGCAUGCGCCAACUGGCACGCAAGCACAAGACAACGCGCUUCGUCAAGAUGCACUAUCUCGAUGCUGAGAUGGAGCCUGCCGGUGUGCCUGCUGUUUUGGCAUAUCGCGGAGGCGACAAAUUUGCAGGCCUUGUUCCUGUUGUCGAUGAGAUUCCUGAUGAUGCCGAUCUUAGUGCCAUCACUCUCGAGAACCUGUUCCAAAAACACCAAAUCCUCUAA